AUGACCACGAACGGCGAGAGCCACGGUCGCUGGUCAACGUCAGCACCGCCUCGCGAUCGCAACGAGGCGAAUGCCCAGCUGAACGAUCUGCUCCAGGAAUCUGGCCUCGACUUAGAUGAGGAUACUGCAGAGGGUUUCAAGCAGGGAAUUAUCUACCGAUCCUUAGAGAUUCUAUUGCAACAGCUGUACAGCACAGAGACUCGCUUCAUCCACGAGAUCAUUCAAACCGCCGACGACAACGCAUACGGCAAGAGUGCCACCAACGGAAUUCCCCCGACCUUCUCACUGUCUCUGAAGGUUGGCCGUACAGGUUGCACCGGCGAGAAGGGUGUUGGCUUCAAGGCUGUCUUCCGCAUUGCCGACGUGGUUCAUGUUGCAAGCGGCCAUUCCAAUUUCAAACUCGACAACCGCCAUGGUAUGAUUGGAGCCCUACGUCCACUACAUCUCUAUGAGAAAGAACGCGACCCUGUUCGAACCAUCGUCCGCAGGAACCUGUUGGAAGACUUCGGUCCUCGCGUCGAGCGGGUCCGGUUAGAAUUCUCCAGCUGCCUCUUUUCUAUCAAUGAUUUCGACCGCAUCCCGCUCGUCUCCCAGAUCUUGAAGGUUGAUUUGUCAGAAACCCGCGAACUUCUGGAGGAAGUCGAUGUUCGUUGCCCCCUUACCGGUAAUCACGACAUGUCCGACAAUGCACUCGCGGCAGUCACGCCGGAGGAUACAACGAGAGCACUCGCUUUCGGAAAGACGGCUGUUACAGCGUAA